AAUGCAAGAGAUCGAUCGCAUUAAUGACUGUGUAGAAGAUCACUGAUCCGCACUCAUAAAUCAUAAUUGAGGCAUUCCGAAUUCCGCACUAACACGAUGGCCGUGGUUGCAUCUGCACCUGGGAAGGUGUUAAUCACCGGUGGUUACCUGAUUUUGGAGAGACCCAACGCAGGUCUCGUGCUUAGUACGAAUGCUCGCUUUUACGCCAUUGUUAAGCCUCUUCACAACGAAAUCCAACCUGAUAGCUGGGCUUGGGCUUGGGCAGACGUCAGAUUAACGUCUCCGCAGCUCGGCAGAGAAGGACACUACAAGCUCGCGCUCAAGAAUCUCACUGUCCAAAGUGUUUCUUCCUCAAGUGAAGGGGGAAAUCCUUUUGUGGAAUAUGCAGUGCAGUAUUCUGUGGCUGCUGCUUAUGCAACAUUGGAUAACAAUAAAAAGGAAGUGUUGCACAAGCUUCUCUUACAAGGACUUGACAUCACCAUUUUGGGUUGCAAUGAUUUCUAUUCAUAUAGAAAUGAGAUUGAGAGACGUGGACUCCCUUUGACACCGGAGUCAUUGGCGAGUAUUCCUCCUUUUGCAUCCAUAACGUUCAAUACUGAUGAUGGUAAUGGAGAUUGCAAGCCUGAAGUAGCUAAGACUGGUUUGGGCUCAUCUGCUGCUAUGACAACUGCUGUAGUUGGUGCUUUACUUCAUUACCUUGGUGUCAUAAAGCUUUCCUCUUCUAAAGAUCAACAGGAUAGGAAGGAUUACACAGAUAUUGAUUUGUUGCAUAAAAUAGCUCAAACUGCUCAUUGUAUUGCCCAAGGAAAAGUUGGCAGUGGGUUUGAUGUCAGUUCAGCUGUGUAUGGCAGUCAACGUUAUGUGCGGUUUUCACCGGAAGUGAUUUCCUCCGUACAGGUUGCAGCACAAGCAUUGCCUGCACCAGAAGUUAUCAGUGACAUUCUGAAUGGAAACUGGGACCAUGAGAGGACUGAGUUCUCUUUACCACCUUUGAUGACUCUGUUACUAGGAGAACCAGGAACUGGUGGUUCAUCUACGCCAUCAAUGGUUGGUGCUGUAAAAAAAUGGCAAAAGUCUGACCCUCAGAAAUCCCUGGACACAUGGAGAAGACUGUCAGAGGCGAAUUCGCAGUUAGAAAUUCAACUGAACUUUUUGAGUAAAUUAGCAAAGGAACAAUGGGAUGCAUAUAAAUCUGUGAUUGAUAGCUGCAGCAAGCUCAGAUCAGAAAAGUGGAUAGAGCAAGCUUCUGAACCCAACAAGGAAGCAGUUAUUAAAGCAUUGCUAGGUGCAAAAGAAGCUAUGCUUGGGAUUAGAUAUCAUAUGCGCCUAAUGGGUGAGGCUGCAGGUGUUCCUAUUGAACCAGAAUCACAAACAAAACUUUUAGAUGCUACACUGAACUUGGAAGGAGUGUUGUUGGCUGGAGUUCCAGGAGCAGGAGGAUUUGAUGCUGUCUUUGCUGUUACUUUGGGAGAUUCAAGCAGCAAUGUGACAAAAACAUGGAGCUCACUCAAUGUACUUGCCCUUCUGGUUAAAGAAGAUCCUUGUGGCGUUUCUUUAGAAAGUGCUGACCCUAGAACAAAUGAAAUCACUUCAGCUGUAUCUUCAAUUCAUAUUGAAUAAUUUCAUUUCCAUCAAUUAAAUAUUGUAAGUCACCAUAAAAUUAUAUCGUGUAAUGUGUCUUAUAGACUAGGCUUAGUUUCUUUUCAAUUUCAGGCUGGGGAAAAAAAUUUAGUGGACGAUUUAAAAUAAUAAGGCUGUGUGUAUUAUUUUUCUUUUGGUUUCAGUGUGCGCCACCAAUUUGUCUGUAUUACUGAGUAGGAAAUAUUUUAAGCUUAAAAUUUUCUACAGCCAAACGAAAAUAAAAAGGAUUAUGAAGUCUCCAAUUCAUUGCUUAUUAGAAUGUUUC